CUUGCGUGCUUUUCACGCGAAUGCGAUUCUUAUGUGAAUUCCCAAGAAUCGCUCCACCAUAUCAUUUCUCCUCUGCACUUGCGUUUGCUGCUGUUCUGUGCGUGUGUUCUUGUGAGUUGUGAGAGCAAGCAUGGCUGAGCUUGUGGUCGGGCCGCUAAUCGCCAUGGUAAGGGAGAAGGCGUCCAGCUACCUCCUGGACCAGUACAAGGUGAUGGAAGGCAUGGAGGAGCAGCGCGAGAUCCUGAAGCGCAGGCUGCCAGCCAUCCUGGACGUCAUCAGUGAUGCAGAGGAGAAGGGUGCUUACCGGGCUGGAGUAAGUGCCUGGCUUGAAGCACUCAAGAAGGUCUCCUAUGAGGCUAGUGAUGUCUUCGACGAGUUCAAGUACGAGGCGCUCCGGCGCGACGCCAAGAAGAAGGGCCACUACAGCAUGCUUGGCAUGGAUGUUGUAAGCCUCUUCCCCACUUAUAACCCCAUCAUUUUCCGCUACAGGAUGGGCAAGAAGCUGCGCAGGAUUGUGCAUAUCAUCGAUGUCCUUGUCGCAGAGAUGAAUGCAUUUGCGUUCACUCCACACCAGCUGGAAGCACCACCGUCAAAGCAGUGGCGACAAACAGAUUCCAUAAUGGUCGACUCCGAGAGGGAUAUUAUUAGCAAAUCCAGAGAUGAGGAGAGGAAGAAGAUUUCAAAAAUAUUGCGAGAUCCUGGCAACAACGAAGAUCUCAUGGUCCUUCCCAUUGUUGGGGUCGGUGGGAUAGGCAAGACUACCUUUGUGCAGCUUAUUUACAAUGAUCCAGAAAUUGAGAAGCAUUUUGAGCUGCGAAAGUGGUGCUGUGUGUCAGAUAAUUUUGAUGUUGGUAAUAUUGCAAAUAACAUCUGCAACACCAAGGCGAAUGAUCGUGAUAAAGCACUACAGGAUCUCCAGAAAGAAGUAAGUGGGAAAAGGUACCUCAUUGUGUUGGAUGAUAUAUGGAAUCGGGAUGCUGAUAAGUGGGGAAAACUUAAGACUUGCCUUAAGCAGGGUGGUAAGGGUAGUGCAGUACUGGCCACGACUCGUGAUGCAGAAGUAGCACGAAUUAUGACCGCAGGUGUAGUUGAAGCUUAUAAUCUUCAAAAGUUGGGUAAGAAGUAUCUAAAGGAAAUGAUCGAGAGUAGAGCUUUUAGUUUGCAGAAGCCAAAUUGUGAUCAGCUAGAUGAUAUUGUUGACAAGAUUGUGGAUAGGUGUGAUGGCUCUCCUUUAGCAGCCAAAGCUGUUGGCUCCACAUUGAGUACUAAGACUAGUAUACAAGAAUGGAAUGAUAUAUUAACCAAAAGCAACAUUUGCAAUGAGAAGAACGGAAUUUUACCUAUACUCAAGCUCAGCUAUGACGACCUACCAUCUCACAUGAAGCUGUGCUUUGCAUUUUGUGCUGUGUUUCCCAAAGAUUAUGAGAUUUAUGUGGAUACUUUGAUCCAAUUAUGGAUGGCACAUGACUUCAUACCGACACAGGCAGAAGACCGUCCUGAAACGGUUGGUAGAGAAACUUUCAUGGAACUAACUUGGAGGUCAUUCUUUCAAGACGUGAAACCAACUUCUCCGAUAGAGUAUGGAAUAAGGAAGCAGCUUCGUAGAAGAACCACAUGCAAAAUACAUGAUCUUAUGCAUGACAUAGCACUCUCUGUUAUGGGAAAGGAAUGUGUCACUUUAAAUAAUCCAAGCAAUCAAGAGAAGUUGUUGUCGAGCGAUGCUCGCCACUUGUUCUCAUCAUCAGACCACACACCAGUUUUGGAUCAUUUUCUGAAGAAACAAUCUUCAACACUCCGGACAUUGUUGUAUCCAGAUAAGUACACUCGUGGCUCAGCGCCACAUUUAUCAAAGUAUAAUUCUCUACGAGUACUACAGUUCUUUGAAUUGCGAGAACUUCCACUUGAGCCAAGGCACUUACAACACCUAAGGUAUCUUAGUUUCGCAAAUAAUUGGAAGAUCAGGGAACUUCCUGAGCAAAUAAGCACAUUGUAUAAUCUACAGACUUUGGACCUUUCUCAUUGCAAGCAUCUUGGUCAACUUCCAAAGGGUAUGAAAUAUAUGACAAGCCUCAGACAUCUCUAUACUAAUGGGUGUGCAUCACUGAAGUCCAUGCCUCCAGACCUCAGGCAACUGACUUCUCUGCAGACUCUAACUUAUUUUGUGGUCGGUGCUAGCUCUGGUUGCAGUAAUGUGGGAGAACUGCAGAAGUUAAACCUUUGUGGCGAAUUAGCAUUGCAUGGCCUAGAAAAUGUUACUGAAGCUCAUGCAAUAGCAGCCGGUCUUCGGAAUAAAGAGAAAUUGACGCAUUUGUCUCUUCAAUGGUCUGGUGAAGGCCGCGAAGAAUCCGUACAGACUUGUCAUAAAAAUGUGCUAGAUGCUCUCAAACCUCAUAGUGGGCUGGAGAUGCUAAGGAUAGUUAACUACAAAGGCUUUAGUUUGCCAGCCUGGAUUACAGAUCCAAGUUUGUUGCAGCACUUGACUGAGCUCCAUUUAGUUGGGUGUACAAUGUGUGAGGAAUUCCCUCAAUUCUGUCAUUUGAAUGCUCUUCAAGUUCUUUAUUUGGAAAAUUUGGACAAAUUGCAGAGCCUAUGUAGUGAUAUGUCAUCCAUGACAUUUCCAGCACUAAUUGAACUCGAGUUACGUGAUCUGAACAGCUUGGAGAGAUGGGUGGCAACAGAAGGAACAGGCGGAGAAGAACUGAGAUGUCCUCUGCUUGAGAAGGUAUGCAUUCAUAACUGUCCAAAGUUGGCAACUCUGCCUGAUGCAGCAAAGCUCAAGGUCGUCGAGGUGAAUGAAGAGAAACCGAAGCUGUCCUUAGCAAUAGUUAGAUCAUCCUAUAUGUCGCUCCUGUCCAAGCUAACACUAGCUGUUCGAAGUAGAGAAACAACACCUCAGCUGGAUUUUGAGAAUGAUGAAUCAUCUGUGUCAGAACUGAGAUUGGAUGGCUGCAACUUUUUCUUCCCCUCAAGUCCAUCACCACCAUCAACUGGGGUAUGGAAAUGGUUUGGAAAACUCAUAGAUUUGACAAUCCAUAAUUGUGAUGUACUUAUCUACUGGCCGGAGGAAGUGUUCAGAAACUUGGUAUCCUUGAAGCAAUUGCAGAUUUAUAGCUGUAAUAAGCUAAUAGGGCCAACACAGCUGACGGCUGAACCAACACAAACAACGGAUCAGGUGCUGCCACAUCUAAACUCAAUAUUUAUUUUCGGAUGUGAAAGCUUGGUCGAGCUCUUCAUCCUUCCCCCGUCCCUCACAAGUAUUGACAUUUCUUGCUGCCCUAAUCUUGAGUCCAUAUGGAGGAAGGAGGAACAGUUUGGGCCAUGUACAACGACCACACAUCCACCAAGCAACGACGAAGCAUCCACCAGCCACGUGCCAGAGCAAUCAUCAUCACCACCAAAUCAUCCUCCACCAUGCCUAGAAAGUCUACACAUAUUGGGUUGUCAUAAGUUGGUAGCACUUCCAAACCUACCACCGUCCCUCAAGUGGUUAUUUAUUGAUGACUGCCUGGAGCUCUGUUCGAUGUCAGGACAGCUGGAUGCACUUGUUGCUUUAUACAUUUAUGGCUGCAAUAAAUUGCAGUCACUUGAUUCCUUGGGAGGCCUGCGAUCAUUAGAACGGCUCAGUCUUUUUCGCUGCAAGCGCCUGACAUCCUUACCUGGUGGCCUUGAGAGUUGCUCUGGUCUUCGGGAACUUACGAUCAUAUAUUGCCCAGCCAUAGAUAUGAAGCCACUUUACAAAUACCAUCAAGAGCGGCUCAACAACCUUGAACGCAGAGACUUAUCACAUGCUCAUUCAAGCCAUCCACGUGAAGGGCCUAAACUACGGGACCCAAAAACGUGGAAAUAUGCUAUCCCUUGGUGUAAAGAUCGAGCAAUCUGGAGCGACGAGAAUUCCUGAACAGAGACCCAAUGUUUGUCCUGAAAUCUGAAAUAUAGAAUGCAAGAUGUGGAAUGGGAGGCCGCAACAAGACAAAUGUUGACAAAAUAUAAUCCAAGUUGCACAACUGGAGAAGCUCUGCAAAAUAAGUACUCUUGUAGACGUGUGGUACCCUUUUGUUUCCAUUAUUCUUGUAUAACGCUGUCAUGGAAUUGUGCUCUUUGUUUCAAAGCUAUUCUACUAUGAAUAAGUACUCUUGUAGUGUUGACGCAUGA